CGCUCCAACCGACGGCCCCGCCCCCGCCCCCGCCCGCGCCUCGGGCGCACUUCUAGUCGCUGGGCGGCCGCGCUGGUCCGAGUCUCGGCGUUCCGCCGCCUGCCACCCGGAGCCGCGCUCCCCUGCCUCCCCUCCAGCCCCUCCCCCAAGAGCCGUGGUCGGGCAGCGCCUGGCCGGCGGCCCGCGGGCGGGCCGCCCCCCCUCCCCCCCGCGGUAGCCCACCCGCCUCUUAAAGCGGCGGCGGGAAGAUGAGGUUUCGGGAGCCGCUCCUGGGCGGCAGCGCGGCGAUGCCGGGCGCGUCCCUGCAGCGGGCCUGCCGCCUGCUCGUGGCGGUCUGCGCGCUGCAUCUUGGCGUCACCCUCGUCUACUACCUGGCCGGCCGCGACUUGAACCGCCUGCCUCAGCUGGUGGGAGUCCCUACACCGCUGCAGGGCGGCUCAAACGGCGCCGCCGCCAUCGAGCAGCCUUCCGCGGAGCUCCGACCCCGAGGGGCCCCGCCGCUGCCGCUUUUGGACGCUUCCUCAGAGCUGCGCUCGGGUCGCGACUCCAGCCCAGACGCGGACUCUCACCCCGGCCCCGCAAGCAACUUGACUUCGGCCCCAGUGCCCUCUACCACAGUGCUGUCGCUGCUCGCAUGCCCUGAGGAGUCCCCGCUGCUCGAAGCAGAGAAGGCCUUGGAGACUUCCCUGCUCUGGCCCUUGCCUCAAGAAGUUUUGGAGUUUGAGUUUGCUUCGGGCAUGGAGCAGCCUUCGCCCUGCCAAGUCUGGUAAGGACCAAGAGGCAGCUCAGAGUAACCCACUCCAGUUUAGGAAACUGAUGAUGAGGCC